UGGCUGUCUGCGCCGUGCAGAGCUGAGUGACAUCCCGUGUGUGCGCUGUCCGGAGCCGCCGCUCCAUGGCUCUGUGUCCCCCGCCGCCUUCUCGCUGUAUCUCGGGACUGUGAAAUCGCACCAUGCUGGAUUUAUACGUGACCGGCCUGCUGCUGGCUCUGUGUGUGCAGCUGUGCCAGCCCACCGGGUACUUCGAGCUGCAGCUGGGCACUGUUCGGAACUUGCUCGGGGAGCUGCUGACCGGGGAGUGCUGCGACGAUACCAAGAGCCCCCAGAACCCGUCCUGUAGCCGGGAUGAAUGUGAUACCUACCUGCGGGCCUGCCUCAAGGAGUACCAGGCCAAGAUUACCCCCACCGGGCCCUGCAACUAUGGCUCGGCACACACCGCAGUGCUGGGCGGGAACAACAUCCACCUGAGCUCCCGGGAGCCGGCCGGCAGGAUAGUCAUCCCCUUCCAGUUCGCCUGGCCGAGGUCGUUUACGUUGGUGUUGGAAGCCUGGGACUGGGAUAAUGACACUAGAACAGAUGACAGCCAGUUGAUUGAUAGAGUGACCCAUGCUGGAGUGAUAAAUCCUGACGACCAGUGGACACCAUUACUUCUCAAUGGACAUGUUGCUCACUUUGAAUUCAAGAUACGAGUAAAAUGUGAUGAGAAUUACUAUGGUGCAAUGUGCAAUAAACUGUGCCGACCCAGAGAUGACUUUGUUGGACAUUACACUUGUGACCAGUAUGGAAACAAAGCGUGUAUGGAUGGUUGGAUGGGGAUGGAUUGUAAACAAGCUAUAUGUAAACAGGGCUGUGACCUGCUCCAUGGUGGCUGUACUGUGCCUGGGGAAUGCAAAUGUCACUAUGGAUGGCAAGGACAAUACUGCAAUGAAUGUGUUCAUUAUCCGGGCUGCGUACAUGGCAGCUGCCAAGAACCAUGGCAGUGCAACUGUGAGAUCAACUGGGGCGGUCUGCUCUGCAACAAAGAUCUGAACUACUGUGGAAAUCACCACCCUUGUUUGAAUGCUGGGACCUGCAUUAACAGUGAACCUGACGAGUAUUACUGCGAUUGCCCAGAUGGCUAUUCUGGGAAGAAUUGUGAAAUUGCCGAGCAUGCUUGUGCUUCCAACCCCUGCGCAAAUGAUGGAACCUGUCACGAAGUUUCUUCUGGAUUUCAGUGCCACUGCCCACCUGGCUGGACUGGACCAACCUGUGCAGUUGAUAUUGAUGAAUGUGCAUCCAACCCUUGUGCUCGUGGAGGAAUUUGUAAAGACCUUAUAAAUGGGUUUGAGUGCCUGUGUCCCCCACAGUGGGUAGGGACCACUUGCCAGCUUGAUGCUAAUGAGUGUUUGGGGAAACCCUGUCUUAAUGCUUAUUCUUGCAAAAACCUGAUUGGUGGAUAUUACUGUGACUGCAUUCCAGGAUGGACAGGCGUAAAUUGUCACAUCAAUAUUAAUGACUGCCAUGGCCAGUGUCAGAAUGGGGGCAAAUGUAAGGAUAAGCUAAAUGGAUAUCGCUGUCUUUGCCCUCGUGGUUUUGGUGGUAAGAACUGUGAGAAAAAUGUAAACGAGUGCUUGAGCAAUCCAUGUCAGAAUGGAGGGAUCUGUGAAGAUCUGGUCAACGAAUUUCACUGUCGUUGUCUCCCGGGGUUCUCUGGAGCCGUGUGUGAGAUAGAUGUUGACUUCUGUGAGCCCAACCCUUGUCAGAACAGAGCCAAGUGCUAUAAUGUGGGAGGGGAUUAUUACUGUGCAUGCUCUGAGGAUUACGAUGGAAAGAAUUGUUCUCAUCUUAAAGACCACUGCAAAAACAGCUCUUGCAAGGUCAUUGACAGCUGUACAAUAGAGAUUGCUACUAAUGCCACCCAGGAGGGUAUCCGUUACAUCUCCUCAAGCGUUUGUGGACCACAUGGACGAUGCAUUAGUCGGCCAGGAGGGAAUUUCACCUGUUCCUGUGACCGAGGGUUUACCGGUGCAUACUGCCAUGAGAAUAUAAAUGAUUGUCUGGGAACCCCUUGUAAGAACGGUGGAACUUGCAUUGAUGACAUAGAUUCAUUCAAGUGCUUUUGUCCAAAUGGUUGGGAAGGAGAGUUCUGUGACAUAAAUUACAAUGACUGCAGCCCUAACCCAUGUCACAAUGGUGGGAGAUGUAUAGAUUUGGUGAAUGAUUUUGCUUGUGAAUGUAAAAAUGGUUGGAAAGGCAAAACCUGCCAUUCACGAGAAUAUCAGUGUGAUCCAAACACCUGCAGUAAUAGUGGCACAUGUUAUGACACAGGAGACACCUUUAAAUGUCUUUGUCCUCCAGGCUGGGAGGGGGUUACGUGUAAUAUUGCUAAGAGCAGCAGCUGUCUGCCUAACCCUUGUGCAAACGGAGGGACUUGCGUGGGCAAUGGAGAUUCCUAUUCCUGCAUGUGUAAAGAAGGUUGGGAGGGACGAACGUGCACGCAGAAUACAAACGAUUGCAAUCCACAUCCCUGUUACAACGGUGGCAUCUGUGUUGAUGGUGUUAAUUGGUUUCGAUGUGAGUGUGCGCCUGGAUUUGCUGGGCCUGAUUGCAGAAUUAACAUUGAUGAAUGCCAGUCAUCCCCUUGUGCAUACGGUGCCACUUGUAUAGACCAAAUAAAUGGUUACAGCUGCACUUGUCCUUCUGGAAGAGCUGGUCCACGGUGCCAAGAAGUUAUUGGCUUUGGUAGAUCUUGUUGGCUGAAGGGAAUGCAGUUCCCCCAUGGAAGUAAAUGGGAUGAAGAAUGCAAUAGCUGCCAUUGUAUGGAUGGGCUUGUGGAAUGUACCAAGGUCUGGUGUGGCCGAAAACCCUGUCUGCUGGGGAGACGUGAUAAGAAUCGCUGCCCUCUGGACCAAGAAUGUGAAGUAAGGCUGUCUCCUCCAAAAUGCUUCCAACUGCCCUGCAGUGAAUGGGGAGAAUGCAGCGCUCCAGACAUGUCCCAUGCUUCAGGCAAAUGCUUGCCCAACUCUGGCUACCUGGACAAUAACUGUGCACAAAUGACCUUAAUCUUCAACAGCGAGAAAGUGCAGCAGGGAACUACAGUGGAAAACAUCUGCUCAGAGAUCCGAUAUUUACCAUCCAUCAAAACAUUAGCCAGAGAAAAGCCGCUAAUAGUUUUGUGCGAUUUAUCAUAUUCAUUACAAAAUGCCAUUGAAGUUGCAAUAGCAUUUAUCUCAGAAACAGAUAAUCAAGACAACACUCUUAUGCAAAAUGCCGCCAAUACCUUUGUCAGUGCCAUUACGAAACGACAGAACAGUACAUUAAUGUUGGCGAUUGGUGAAGUCAAGGUUGAAACUUCAGUUAUGGGAAAUUCUAGUUCAGAUUAUCUCGUAUAUAUACUCUGCGCAGUUUUUAGUGUAAUCUGGGUUACUUGUAUAAUUAUUUGCGUGUGGUGGACACGGAAACGAAGAAAAGAGCGAGAGAGACAACGCCAAGAAGAAAAUGCAAAUAACCAACGGGAACCUUUAAAUCCCAUAAGGAACCCUAUUGGGGCCCCUUACAAUAACAGAGACAUUCAGUAUGAAUGCAAAAAUGUCCUCUUUCAGCAAAAAAGAACUUCUAAUGCUGAAGAGGAGGAGAAAGAGGAGGAACUGGAGGGAGAGGUGAUGGAAGAAGAGAAAUACCUCUCUCUAACUUGCCCAAAAACUUUCACAAACAAAGGGGAUGUUGACUAUUCAGAAAGUUCCCCUGAAAAGAAACCACAUCGGACAAGUCACCACAAAAUGGACAACAGAUGUGUUAAAAAUGUGAAUACAUCCUGCUGAAGGAACUAAAGCCAUAGCUGUAUCCAAAAAUAAAGGAUAUUGUGCCUGCACCAAGAACGGGAAGGGCGAAGACGCAGACUUCAUCUCGUAUCAACCUUUCGGCCUUUUUGGGACAUGAAUGGUGUCUUCAAUACUGACCAGAACCCCUUUAAGAGACCGAGAGGUUCAGGACUAAAAUUUGACGUCUGUCAACUAUAUUCUGUAAAAAAAACAGAAAAGAAAAAAAAAUGUAUUUUUUAUUUGUUGCAUUAAUCUUUCUAUAACUUAUUUGAUCAUAAAGACAACAAAACAAAUCAAGGCAGAGUUCUUUGAUAGUUGCUAUUUAUGUAAAAGUUUGCAAAAAAAAAAGUAACAUAAAAUUUAGGAACUCGGAGUGAAUUUAAAGGUUAUGGUUAAUAUGUUUUCCAUAUAUCAUGUAAAGUUUAUUACCAAAGACCGUACAUUUGUAGUUCCUUUUUAUGUUCUGUUUAUAAUUUGCUGUGGCUUCAGGGAAAACAACCUCCUGGUUGAGGAAUGUAAGUGAACUGAAACCCAAUGUCUUAUUUUUUUAUAUUUUUUUUCUCCCUUGCUGCCCAGUGGACUGCGACGCAGUAUUGGUUCCUCUGGCAGAAAAAGGGGCCAACUCCAUUAACCAGAACAUCUCUGAAUGUGCUUUGCAAAUUUGCUUUAACAUUCUUUUUAAUAAAAAUGACUACAAUGAUAAACCAGCCCCAGAGCUAUGAACUGAGGCAUUUUUUUUUUUUAUUCAUUUUUAGGAUUGCAGUAUUGACUCACGUGACAAGUGCCUUGAGAUUUAAACUUUUCUAUAGCAACUGUCAAAGACCUCCCUCCUGUUUAAAAUGCUAAGUAACACUACAGGGGCCUUUUCAUAGAGAGUCAGUUUAUUUUCUAUUUGUGAAAGAAUACUUUGUAUAUAUGUAUAUAUUAAAUGAAUAUCUCUGUAUAUUUGAUUUAUUAACUUACAACCUUUCAGACUUGUUUUUGACAUGCCAUUCCUUUUAAUUUAUGUUGCUGAAGGGAAGUUAUAUGACUUUCGUUUAUAUAUUAUAUAUAUAUAUAUAUAUAUUUGUUGUUGUUUUUGUUUUUUGUUUUUUUCGAUGUCCAGAUUUAGAAAGGGAUGUUACUAUAAUCAAUGUUAGGAAUCUGUUUGUCAGUUGUAUUUUGUGACACAAAGCAGCUAUAUGUAAAUACUACAGAGAUGUUUAUCCGCUUAUUUUGUUCUGUUUGUCUAAGAACCUCAGUUUGUGUAAAGCCUUACAUAAGUAGAGACGAGGGAGUCCUGUUUUUGUGAACGUUUAAUUACAAGUGGUAUUAUAUAUUUUUUAUUUUAUUUUUUUUGCUUACACUACAGGCCGAAUGAAGGGAACAAUAUUUUAUUUUCUCUGUCUAGUAAUUUUUCAACUAAAAGGAAAAAAAAAUAUGCUAGCAAAUCCAGUAAGAUUAAUUACCUCAUGGGAAUUGAGGCUUCAGCAUUUUGGUUUUGAAUUAUUUUUAUUUAAAAAAAAAAAGAAAAAAAAAAAAAGAAUUGCUUCUUACCUUUAGUCAAGCUGUUUUCCUGGACAAUGGAACACUACCUAAGUAUAGUUAGUGCAGCUAUAAACCUAUCAAUCUGAGAGUUCAAACUAUGGCCAAGGAACACAACACUUGGAACAAACUAUUUUAUACAAAAAUGCAGGAAUCGCUUUGCUAAAACCGCUGUGUAGUCUAUUUUCUUUGACAUGUUCUUAAAAGUUUCAGAAAAAAAGUCUAUUUAUUAAAGCAUUUUAUAACAAUGUU